GUGGCUGCAUUGCAGAGCCGGCUGGGGGGUUGAAGCUGAGCAAACGGGACGGUCAGAGUGGGGGGGAUCGGGGCUCCUCAGCGGCAGACACAAACCGGCAAUGCAGCAGAGUGAAGAGGAGCUGCAGGGGGGGGCUGUCUCCCUCCUACAUGAUCAAACUCCAGCCACAUCAAUAUCAUUCAGACGCAGGAUGGAGAAACUGAAGCAGGAUCAACCCCCAGCUGAGGGGAUUCAUGUCCUGGGACAGUCCUUGUAGAUAGGAGGAGGAAGAGGAGGAGGAGGAGGCCGACGGACGUGGAGGAGGGAGGUGCUUCAAGCUGCCAGCUGUAUUUUUGGGAUCCUCUGAAAUAAGCAAGCAAGCUGGAAUAAAGAUGUAGUGUGAGCCGGAGGAGGGAGGGGGUCAGAACAAGGAGAGUGCUGUGCUGAGGGGAGGAGAGGGCUGGACGGGGAGACCAAUCUGGGGGGAGACCAAGACAGAGGGUCCACCGGGCCAGGAAGAUGCCCUCUCGCUGCAGGAAUGCGGUGAACAUCGUGGUCACCACCCUCUUUGCUGCGGUGGUCCUCUUCACCAUCCUGCUGGCCUACGUCACAGGGUACCAGUUCAUCCACACCGAGCAGCACCACCUGUCCUUUGGUCUCUACGGUGCCUUCCUCUCCCUCCACCUCUUCCUCCAGAGCCUCUUCGCCUUCCUAGAACAUCGGCGGAUGAGGAGCCCCGCCCAGCCUCGACACCUCCGCCGCUCUGUGGCCCUCUGCAUCGCAGCAUACCAGGAGGACCCCGACUACCUGAGGAAGUGUCUGCGCAGCGUGCGCCGCAUCUCCUUCCCUGGCCUGAAGGUGGUGCUGGUGGUGGAUGGGAACCGACCAGAGGACCGCUACAUGAUGGACAUUUUCCACGAGGUGAUGGGCGGGGCCGACCAAGCAGGCAGCGUAGUCUGGAAGGGGAACUACCACAGCGAUGGGACUGGAGGAGGAGGAGUCAGAGGCAGGGGGAGGAGCACGGUGCACAUGGAGGAGGCGGCUCGGGUAACUCAGAUCGUCAGAGGCUGUCGGUACUCAUGCAUCAUGCAGGAGUGGGGAGGGAAAAGGGAGGUGAUGUACACCGCCUUCAAGGCUCUUGGGGACAGCGUGGAUUACGUUCAGGUGUGUGACUCAGACACGGUUCUAGACCCAGCUUGUACCAUUGAAAUGCUGAAGAUCCUGGAGGAAGAUCCCAUGGUGGGCGGGGUCGGUGGGGAUGUGCAGAUCCUUAACAAGUACGACUCGUGGAUCUCCUUCCUCAGCAGCGUGCGUUACUGGAUGGCCUUCAACGUGGAGCGAGCCUGCCAGUCCUACUUCGGCUGUGUGCAGUGCAUCAGCGGCCCCCUGGGCAUGUACAGGAACUCUCUGCUGCAGCGCUUCCUGGAGCCCUGGUACCACCAGACCUUCCUGGGCUCCAAGUGCAGCUUUGGUGACGACCGCCACCUUACCAACCGGGUGCUCAGCUUCGGCUACAAGACCAAAUUCACAGCUCGAUCGCAGUGCCAGACGGAGACGCCCACUCAGUAUCUGCGCUGGCUCAACCAGCAGACACGAUGGAGUAAGUCUUAUUUCCGCGAGUGGCUCUACAACGCCCUGUGGUUCCACAAGCACAGUCUGUGGAUGACCUACGAGUCAGUGGUCACUGGCUUUUUCCCCUUCUUCCUGGUGGCCACCGUCAUCCAUCUGUUCUACCGUGGGCGUCUUUGGAACAUCUUGCUGUUCCUGCUGACAGUCCAGCUGGUGGGCAUGGUGAAGGCCACAUACGCGUGUUUCCUGCGUGGAAGCCUCGUCAUGAUCUUCAUGUCUCUGUACUCGCUGCUCUACAUGUCCAGCCUCCUUCCAGCCAAGAUGUUUGCCUUGCUCACCAUCAACAAAGCUGGAUGGGGCACCUCGGGCCGCAGGAAGAUUGUGGUGAACCUCAUCGGCGCUGUGCCGGUCACAGCGUGGGCUCUGGUGCUGCUCGGAGGUGUGGCCUACACCGUCUACUGUGAAACCCAGCAGCGCUUCAGUGAAACCGAGAAAGCCUUGUUGAUAGCAGGAACCGUCCUGUACGCCUGCUACUGGCUCAUCCUGCUGGUGCUCUACCUGGCAGUCGUUGCCAAGCGAUGCAACAAGAGGGAGGAGCAAUAUCACCUGUCCUACGCAGAGGCAUGAAGCCGAGAUUGUUGGGAUGUCAGUGUCACUGCAGCCACCCCAGUGAGGUCUCUGCAGGUCGAUGAGCAGCUCAAGCGAGGAACUGUGUUCUUCAUCUCUGGUGCUAUAUUGAUGGACGAGAAGAGAUGAGCAGGUCCACCAGCUCUGCUGUUUUUUCUUCGCUCUCCGGUGCUUCACUCCAAAACCAAGCAGAACUUCAAAGUUUCUGCAAACUGGGACAAUUUGAGAGCGUAGAACAAUGGAAUAAAGGCACACAUUUCAGAUUAGCAGCUGUUUCAGUUGACAGAAGAAAAAAAAAGCUCACAUUUCAGGCUCACUUUGGAAGAGAGAGUGGAAAAAGAGAAGCUCUGGAAACGUUUCUGUUCCAAAAACAUAAUUUAGGACAAAAGAAGAAAGAAAAAGUGAACUGCAAUAGAAGACAACAAGCAGAACCCA